AUGUCUGUAAAGGCGCUUGCUGAGAACGCAAUCUGCGUGUUCUCCCGCAGCUGGUGCCCAUACUGCACGCGGGUCAAGUCCCUGCUUGAUACCAGGUUCCCCGAUGCACAGAGGAAAUACCUCGAGCUCGAUAAGAUGGACGAGGGUGACGACAUUCAGGGCUAUCUCCAGAGCAAGACGGGCCAGCGAACGGUACCGAACGUGUUCAUUAAGCAGAAGCACAUCGGAGGUAAGCUUACUCUCAGCUCGACCCUUGUACUUCACUGA